AACUCCCCAAAAAAGAUCAAACGAUAAAUGUUGAAAAGCCCCCACGCUCUCUCAUUCUCUCGCUCCCGCCAUCACCAACGCUCAGAUUUCCCUCAAAAACAAAUACCAAAGGCUUUUUUUUUUUUUGGGUCAUAGUUUGUUAACUUGUCUCCGUACCUAAUGGACCUCCCGGUGAUCGAUCUGACGCCGUAUCUGGCGGCGGCCAACGAACGCAGUCUCGACGUCGUUCCGUCGAUGUUAACGGAUCGACUCGGACCCGAGUUGAGGGGGCUUUGUUCGGAGGUGAGUCGAGUCCUGAAAGAAACCGGGGCGUUGCUGGUGAAGGAUCCGAGAUGUACGGCCGAAGACAACGACCGCUUCAUCGAUAUGAUGGAGCGCUACUUUGAGAGCCCUGUGGAGUUCAAGCUCCUCCAGGAGCGUCCCAAUUUGCAUUACCAGGUUGGGGUAACACCCGAGGGAGUAGAAAUUCCAAGGAGCCUGGUUGAUGAAGAAAUGCAAGAGAAACUAAAAGCAAUGCCAAGAGAAUUCCAACCAGCUACUCUCGUAGGACCGGAUCGCAAGUGGCGAUACAUGUGGAGAGUGGGUCCUCGUCCUUUAAACACCCGAUUUCAGGAACUCAAUUCAGAGCCCGUUAUACCUGAAGGUUUUCCUCAAUGGAAAGACACUAUGGAUUCAUGGGGAUAUAAAAUGAUAUCUGCAAUAGAAGUAGUUGCCGAAAUGGCAGCAAUUGGGUUUGGCUUGCCAAAGGGUGCAUUCACAUCUCUUAUGAAGCAGGGGCCACAUCUUCUUGCUCCAACUGGUAGUGACCUCCGACGAUAUGGCCAGGAAGGUACUGUGUUUGCAGGAUAUCAUUAUGAUCUUAAUUUUCUAACCAUUCACGGCAGAAGUCGAUUCCCGGGUCUAAACAUUUGGCUUAGAAAUGGGGAAAAAGUCGAGGUUAAGGUUCCUAUAGGAUGCCUUCUCAUUCAAACAGGAAAGCAGAUAGAAUGGUUGACUGCUGGAGACUGCAUAGCUGGCAUGCACGAAGUACUUGUCACUAACAGGACUAUUGAAGCAAUCAAACUAGCGUCGGAACAAAAUCGCAGCCUAUGGAGAGUGUCUUCAACGUUGUUCGCCCAUGUAGCAUCAGAUGCUGUGUUGAAGCCCUUGGGCCACUUUGCAGAAUCACCAGUAGCCAGCAAAUAUCCUCCUAUCUGCGCAGGAGAGUUUGUCGAACAGGAGCUUGCAGUUAUCAAUCUGAAAGGGAAACAAGGAGAACAUUUAUAACUUGUAAUAGUUAAGAAUCAAUACUUAGAAGAUCCAAACAGCACCUGAAGGUUGUCGGGAUGAUAUGAGUUGCUAUAAUGAAGACCAACAUGUUAUUUCCUUUACGGCUAGAAAAAACAGAAUCAGUGGAUCUUUCUGAGCCGAGUAUAAUAGUAAAGUAUGUUGUUUUAACAGGCAAACGUUCUUGCUAUUUGGAAUCGACCGUGACUAAUAUAUUUGGUUAUGGCAUGUCAUUGGAAUUUUUU